AUGCCGCCCAAGAACCACUCCCUUUCUCUUCUCUUCCACCCCAAGAAGAACCAGAACCAGAAAGGUCCAGCCCAGUCGCAACCCAAACCACGGCCGAAACCUCCUGGCGCAGUGGAGAAAAAAGAAGAAGAGGACGAGGACCAUUUGAAGCUCCCUGAUACGCCCUAUUCAGAAUACAAGCUACUCUCGUCUUCGCUCAAGGGCUGGAAGUACGAUGUGAUGAAAUUCGAUUCUAGAAAACCGGUCGACAUCCUCAGAUGGACGGCGCCGGUGAAGCUUAACAGGAAGGAUUUGCGGCGGGAGGAUAGGACGGCGGCGGCGGCCAAAGUGCCAGAGGCGGUGAGGCCUAUGCUUGGACUGGACGGGAAACCUGUCAUUGGAGUCGAUGGGAAGCCGGUGAUGGUGGAUGCUGAAGGGAAACCUAUCCAUGAAAGUGGCGGGACGUCCAGCAAGGACAAGGGGAAGGCGAACAAGAGGCGCUUCCAGAAGAAGACCCGACAAGUCUUCCUCGUUCCAGACGAGGUCCGCCAGAUGCAGAGGGAAGAGCGAUACCCGUGGGUCAUGGAGGAUUCCCACCCGACCCACAAGGAACACUGGAUAGGCCAAUUGGAGGAUCUUUCAAAGGCAGAAACACACGCAUUCUUCAUGCCUGCUGCCAACGACUCCUUCAAAUUUGUGCCCGCUCAUCGCUGGUAUAAAUUCCAGAAGAAGCUCAAUCACGAUUUCCCCACUGCUACAGCCGAUGUGGAAUCUGCGUACACGAAAGCGCAGAAAAAGGACCCCCAGGCAUGGUUGGCAACGUUCCACGGGGGCAAAGGAGCAUCAGCUUCCACCAUGGCCAUUUUCAAAGGGGAGGCCGAGGACCAAAAGCCCAGUGGACCCGUCGGGCCUGGAGGACGGAAACUCAAGGCAGUUGAUCGACCGCCCACUAGCCUGCUCGAAGACGACGAAGAUCCUGCGGUGAGGAGGAAGAGAGAGCGCGAACUUGGCGAGGAGGGUGACCUCGAUGAGCAACUCUUCGAGGAAGAUUUUGCUGAUGACGAGGAAAUGGCUGCUCCUGAUAUUGACGAAGAGGAGGCAAAGGAACUGGAGGAACGAAUGAAGCGAGAGUAUAAAUUGGCCAACAAACAACGUGAUGCCGGCGUCGACGAGGACGAAGAGGAUGAUGAAGAAGAAGAUCUGGCCAAGGUAAAGGCAAAGAGGCGAAUGGAAAAGAUGAUUCGUAACAGGGAGGGCAACGAUGCUUAUGAGUCGGAUGAUGAUGAGAAUCCGUAUUUGAGUUCUGCGGAGGAGGAGGAGGAGGAAGAGCUACCUGUGCCCACUGGCCCUGCCAUUCAGCCCCAACCACAGCAGGUCGACCAACCCAAUACCCCAAGGCCCUCGACCAACAAGCCAGCAGCGCCUGGCUCCAACUCGAGAACUACGUCACCUGCUACUUCACCAAGCCUGGGUGGUCAUUCCCUGGUUGCAAAGCGCGCGACGAGCCCCAAGGUGCCGAAGGCAAGAGUUCCGGGUAGUCAACCGGGUAGUCGCGCCACCAGUCCUAAUCCUGGUAGUAGGGCAACUAGCCCUCUUGCCAAUGGAGCUCAGAAACGAAAGGCGGAAGACCCAGGAACGCCAGCUUCACAGAAUGGUGGACCAUCUGCAGGCGGACAGCCCAAACUGAAGAAGAAAAAGGUUGCUGCGACGGCGUCCAACGCCGAGUUGGAGGGCCUUAUCAUUGACUGGCUCAGAAAUACGGAGAAUCCGACGACACGGGGUUGCAUUCAACACUUCAACUCGUAUCUAGUCGACGCGGCGAAGAAGAAAGAGUUUUCGGAAAUGGUCAAGCGGGUGGCGGCCCUCAAAGAUGGACGUUUGACCUUGAAGCCAGAGUUUAGGUCACGAAAUCCUUGA